AUGUCUGCAUCUGAAGACAAACUACCAUACAAACUCAUCAAUAACAUACCAGUCCCUCAACUGCAGUCACGUAGUGACUGGCCUACUUGGAAAGAUUACAUCGAAAAGACCUCCAAGAUCUGUGGGGUUUGGGAAUAUUGCGAUCCAGCCAACACAGAAGACGAAUAUUUGGAACAGACGGCAAAUCUUUCUGAGCCUACCUUCAGAACAGUCCGCGAAGAUGCAUGGUCAAUCACUGACCUCGAUGAUGCGGAUUUCCAGAAAUUUCGGUCACUGGUCAAAGAGUACAGAGAGAAGAGGGAUGAGCUUGACAGGAAAAGAAAAGCUAUUGAAGCGAUCGGUGUACUCAUCCAUGCCUCCGUUUCUAAGAAAUUCCAGACAUAUCUUGUGGGGUCGACGCCAUACGAUAAACUAACGGCGCUCUCUAAGGCUUUCAGCGGCCCUUCCCCUGACGAAAUUAAUGAGGCAGCCUCAGAAUGGGACGCGCUCCAGCAACUGGCAGAGUCUCCACAGAUCCAGGAGUAUUUGACUCGCUGGAAAGCCCUCUUCGAGAAAUGUCUUGACAUGAAAAUGGUAAAGAGCUCUCAAGAACAAGCUCUGGGUAAAAGCUUGUUGGAUUCUCAGGACCAAGCUACAAUGUGGAAACCUUUGUACUUCCAGAGAUGGUUUGUACAUCCUGAGCCCUACGGUUGGAAAAUGGAAAAGGAGGACACGAUUGGCUUGGCCACAUGGCCAGCGGCCAACACAGAGAUCGACGACAAGAGCCAAAAUGAGGAUGAAAAUGACGAUAUUUCGUGGACUAGCGAUGCAGUGGCUCAUUCAGAUGAUGAAGGCGAAGGCGCGGUCGACUCCUGGCUCCUGUAG